UCAAGUUCAAGGAGGUCCAGGGCGUCGACUUCAACAUGGACGUCUACCUCCCGUCCGAGGACCAGCUGCGCAAGUCGGGGAGGAAACGCGCGCCCGUCCUCGUCUACUACCACGGUGGAGGACUGUGCGUCGGCGACCGAGGCUGGAACGACUGGGUCGGCAAAUGGAUGUUCUAUGGCGCCGUCGAAGCAGGAAUCGCCGUCAUUUCGUGCGACUACACGCUCCUCGGCCCGCACUCGGGCGAGCACAUCAUCGACGACGUCAAGGAUGCCCUCAUCUUCAUCCGCGACGAGCUCAAUCACAAGCUCGACAAGCACGAGUCGACCGUGCGCGUCGACCCGAAGAACGUCGCAGUCUCCGGAGCGUCAGGAGGCGGUCUCGUGGCGUACUACGCUGGCAUUCACUCGCCGUACCCGCUCAAGGCCGUUCUCGCCAUGUAUGGCGGCGGCGGCGACCUCCUGUCCGACUGGUACCUCCAGGAGAAGAAGGCUCCCUUCUUUCCCGGCAUGUCUCUCCUCCCUUCCUCGGCCCCGUUCGACGCCAUCCUCGACCGAGAUCCUCGUUCGACGCCGCCGACGAUCAGCGUCCCACCCGGCAGCACCGACCCGGCCCUGUCGUCCCGCCACCUCCUCUUCGUCUGGCUCCUCCAGAGCGCGACCCUCGUCGACGCGCUCUCUGGCGUGCGCGGCGCCUCGGCCGCCCUGCGCGCACUCCCCGAGAAGGGCGACGCUCGCGCACACGCCGCAGCCGAGAACCCGCACGGCAAGCGCACGCUGCCGCAGCUCGGCGUGACGGCGUCCUUCCCGCCGACCUUUUUCGCGCACGGCACGGCCGACGAGAUCGUCCCCCUCGCCGAGUCGCGCCACCUGUCGCGCGUGCUCGAGCGCGUCGGCGUCGAGUGCGUCUUGUGGGAGGUCGAGGGCGGCGGGCAUGGGUUCGACACGGAGGGUGGGUGGGCGUCGAGCCCGGGCGCGAGCGACCCGGAGCUGACGCGCAAGAAGGACGAGGGGCUUAAGAGGAUCGUGCCCUGGCUCGUAGACCACUUUGACUAGACGUUGCUAUCGAUCGCGCUCUCGCAGAGUC